GCUUGCUUACGGCUUUUCUUCUCUUCUCCCUUCCCCGUCCUCCCGCUGCAGGAAUGGGAGCUGGUGGUGCUGGGGAAGUUGAAGUGGAACCUCGCCGCCGUCACCCCACACGAUUUCAUUGAACACAUCCUAAGGAAGCUGCCUCUACCUAAAGACAAGUUGCUUUUGAUCCGGAAGCAUGCACAAACGUUCAUUGCCCUUUGUGCCACAGAUUUUAACUUUGCCAUGUACCCACCGUCAAUGAUAGCAACUGGAAGUGUGGGAGCAGCCAUCUGUGGCCUUCAGCUCGAUGACGGGGACAGCCUCACGGACCUCCUGGCCAAGAUCACAAACACAGAUGUGGACUGCCUUAAAGCUUGUCAAGAACAGAUCGAGGCGGUGCUAGUAAACAGCCUUAGGCAAGUCCGGCAGCAGCAACAGCAAAGCAAUCCUUCUAAGACGGUGGACGAACUGGACCAGGCCAGCACUCCCACAGAUGUGAGAGAUAUCAACCUGUGAGGACAUCAGCACAGAAAGUCAUGCUUGCUCCCCCAGCCCCUUUAUUUUUGUUAUUAUUUUUAGAGUGAAAUCUCUUUUUUUUUUUUUAAUCUGCUCCCACAUAGAACGUAUUUAAAGCUCUUUUAGGUAAAAAAAAAAAAAAACUACAAAAACUGAAUAAUGAAAAAAAAAAGCAUUUGGUGCCUGUGAUGUUCUACAGAAGGGAAUCCCACAAUAUAUUUGGUAAUUGCUAUUUGAUUAUGUAUCAGUGAUAUUAAAUGCUUAUAAAAGCAUACAAAGUAGUUAGAUAAAUGUAAGCCUGCAUUUGUGGGAACAAAGUAGAGUAUACUUGUCUGUGUAUUAUGACCUAGUGCAUACACCCCUUUUUUAGAUUUAAGAAAGGAAUCGUGUGUGCGAUUUUAUGGCUUGACUAGAUUGCAAAGCAAUAGAAUAAGGGGUUUUGGGCAAAGUGGGAAAAGAUCCCUGAAGCAAUUGAACCAUUUUGAAUGCAGAAGAGAUUUGCUGAUCUGUCACCUCUGUUAUUAGUCAGAAGUGUUUGUUGGAUCUCUGUAUGUUAGUUUUGUUUACUCUUGCUGUCUGUGGUAGCUGCUACCU